GCUUUGUGGCGCUGCCGGAAGCGGGUGCGGGCCGAGCGCGGCGAGCGGCGUUCCCGGUCCCGUGUGGCCGCGGCCCUGUGGCGCCGGCGGCCUAAGGGAGUGGCGCGCCCCGACAUGUCUGCCGGGCUCUCGGCGCAGGUGUUGUUUGGAUUGUAGCAUAGAGGCACUAUGUACUCAGAGUGGAGAUCCUUGCAUCUUGUCAUUCAAAAUGAUCAGGGGAAUACCAGUGUACUUCACAGCUAUCCUGAGAAUGUGGGGAGAGAAGUGGCAAAUGCAGUGGUGCGUCCUCUUGGACAAGCUUUAAUUACAUCAUCUGUUGGAAGUGAGAGUUUACUAAAAACAGACAAAGAAGUAAAAUGGACUAUGGAGGUGGUUUGUUAUGGACUGACCCUCCCUUUGGACGGCGAUACUGUGAAAUACUGUGUGGAUGUGUACACAGAUUGGAUUAUGGCUCUUGUGUUACCUAAGGACUCUAUUCCUUUACCUGUUAUUAAGGAACCAAACCUUUAUGUUCAAAGCAUUCUCAAACAUCUCCAAAAUCUCUUUGUACCAAGGCCAGACCCGGGAUCCAGUCAGAUCAGACUGUGCUUGCAGGUUUUGAAAGCUGUCCAGAAGCUGGCGCAUGAGUCAACAAUUAUGGCAAGAGAAACCUGGGAGGUUUUGUUAUUAUUUCUUCUUCAGAUCAAUGACACUCUUCUAGCAGCUCCAACUGUGCAAGGUGGCAUUGCUGAGAAUCUGGCUGAAAAAUUAAUUGGCGUGCUGUUUGAGGUAUGGUUACUUGCUUGUACGCGUUGCUUUCCAACACCUCCUUACUGGAAAACUGCCAAAGAGAUGGUGGCUAACUGGCGACAUCAUCCUGCAGUAGUUGAGCAGUGGAGCAAGGUCAUUUGUGCCCUUACUUCCAGGUUGCUGCGUUUUACAUAUGGACCUUCAUUUCCUCCAUUCAAAAUUCCCGAUGAAGAUGCUGGUCUGAUUCCUCUUGAAAUGGAUAAUGAGUGCGUUGCACAAACAUGGUUUCGCUUUUUACAUAUGCUGAGUAAUCCUGUGGAUUUGAGUAACCCAGCCAUUAUUAGCUCUACCCCCAAAUUUCAGGAGCAGUUUCUGAAUGUGAGUGGGAUGACUCAAGAACUGAAUCAGUACCCCUGCCUUAAACAUCUGCCUCAAAUAUUCUUUCGUGCCAUGCGUGGAAUCAGCUGUUUAGUGGAUGCAUUUCUAGGCAUUUCCCGACCCCGGUCAGACAGUGCACCACCCACACCGGUGAACAGGCUGAGCAUGCCCCAGAACACUGCUACCAACACCACUCCACCCCACAACCGGAGGCAUCGGGCAGUGACUGUGAACAAAGUGACGAUGAAAACCAGCACUGUAACUACUGCACAUGCUUCAAAAGUGCAGCACCAACCCUCUUCUACUUCUCCACUUUCUAGCCCAAACCAGACAAGCUCUGAGCCUCGGCCACUUCCAGCUCCUCGCAGGCCAAAGGUUAACAGCAUCUUGAACCUCUUUGGAUCAUGGUUAUUUGAUGCAGCAUUUGUUCACUGUAAACUUCAUAAUGGAAUAAACAGAGACAGCAGCAUGACAGCAUCUUUUAUCCAAAUUCUUCUUUCUUAUAAAUCUUCUCUAGCAACGCAGGCUAGUGUGGAAUUCCGUCGGAAAGGAUCCCAAAUGUCCACUGACACUAUGGCUUCCAACCCCAUGUUUGAUGCAAGUGAAUUCCCAGACAACUAUGAAGCAGGAAGGGCAGAGGCAUGCGGGACACUGUGUAGGAUAUUUUGUAGCAAGAAGACUGGGGAGGAAAUAUUACCAGCUUACUUAUCCCGAUUUUACAUGCUUUUAAUUCAGGGUUUGCAGAUAGCAGAUUUCGUUUGCCACCCGGUUCUUGCCAGUGUUAUUCUAAACUCCCCUCCUCUAUUCUGCUGUGACCUGAAAGGAAUUGAUGUUGUGGUUCCCUACUUCAUUUCAGCUCUGGAGACAAUUUUACCUGACAGGGAACUCUCAAAGUUUAAAAUCUAUGUAAAUCCCACAGAGCUAAGAAGAGCUUCCAUUAACAUCUUGCUAUCUCUGUUGCCUCUCCCUCAUCAUUUUGGAACCAUAAAGUCUGAGGUUGUCCUGGAAGGGAAAUUCAGCAAUGACGAAAGCUCAGCAUACGAUAAACCAGUAACAUUCCUGUCCUUGAAGCUGAGGCUUGUGAAUAUCCUUAUAGGAGCUUUGCAAACGGAAACUGAUCCAAACAACACUCAAAUGAUACUAGGUGCAAUGUUAAAUAUUGUUCAGGAUUCAGCACUACUAGAAGCCAUUGGCUGUCAGAUGGAAACAAAUGGUGGUGAAAACAACCUCUUCAAAAGCCACAGUCGCACGAACAGUGGCAUUAGCACUGCAAGCGGUGGCAGCACAGAGCCCACGACGCCUGACAGUGAGCGGCCAGCACAGGCCCUUCUGAGGGAUUAUGCUCUUCAUACAGAUACAGCUGCUGGAUUGCUGAUCCGCAGCAUUCACCUGGUAACCCAAAGGCUCAACUCCCAGUGGAGGCAGGACAUGAGUAUCUCUCUGGCUGCCCUGGAGCUGCUCUCUGGACUGGCAAAGGUGAAGGUGGUGGUGGAUGCCGCGGAUCGGAAGCGCGCCAUCAGCUCCGUGUGCAGCUACAUCGUCUACCAGUGCAGCCGCCCGGCCCCGCUGCACUCCCGGGACCUGCACUCCAUGAUCGUGGCAGCUUUCCAGUGCCUCUGUGUCUGGCUCACAGAGCACCCUGACAUGCUGGAUGAGAAGGAUUGUUUAAAAGAGGUACUGGAGAUUGUGGAGCUGGGCAUUUCAGGGAGUAAAUCCAAAAACAGCGAACAGGAGGUCAAGUACAAAGGAGAUAAGGAGCCAAACCCUGCAUCCAUGCGAGUGAAGGAUGCUGCUGAAGCUACACUGACAUGUAUUAUGCAGUUACUUGGAGCAUUUCCUUCUCCCAGUGGUCCUGCUUCUCCUUGCAGCUUGGUGAAUGAAACCACAUUAAUUAAAUAUUCCCGUCUCCCUACCAUAAACAAGCACAGCUUCCGUUACUUUGUUUUGGAUAACAGCGUCAUCCUGGCCAUGUUGGAGCAGCCUCUAGGGAAUGAACAGAAUGACUCUUUCCCCUCUGUCACGGUUUUGAUCCGUGGGACAUCUGGAAGAUUUGCGUGGGCCCAGCAGCUCUGUCUUUUACCAAGAGGAGCUAAAGCGAAUCAAAAGACAUUUGUACCAGAACCUCGACCAGCUCCUAAAAAUGAUGUUGGGUUGAAACACAGUGUGAAACAACGCCCUUUUCCUGAAGAAGUGGACAAGAUUCCAUUUGUAAAAGCUGACUUGAGCAUUCCAGAUUUACAUGAAAUCGUGAAUCAGGAACUCGAAGAGCGCCAUGAGAAGCUGAGGAAUGGCAUGGCUCAGCAGAUUGUCUUUGAGACUUCCAUAGAUCAGAGAAGUGAAGAGGAGUGGCGGAAGAAGAGCUUUCCUGAUCCCAUCACGGAGUGUAAGCCCCCGCCACCAGCACAGGAGUUCCAGACAGCACGUCUGUUCCUGUCUCACUUCGGGUUCCUCUCAUUAGAGGCAUUGAAGGAACCUACUAACAGUCGUCUACCUCCUCACCUGAUUGCACUUGACUCUGCUCUUCCUGGGUUUUUUGAUGACCUUGGCUACUUGGAUUUGUUACCUUGUCGUCCUUUUGAUACUGUUUUCAUUUUCUACAUGAAGGCAGGCCAGAAAACUAGCCAGGAGAUCCUGAAGAACAUGGAGUCUUCCAGAAUUGUUCAGCCUCACUUCCUGGAGUUCUUGCUGUCUCUUGGCUGGUCUGUUGAUGUUGGGAAGCACCCUGGGUGGACUGGUCACGUCUCAACAAGCUGGUCAAUCAACAGCUGCAGUGAUGAAGAGGGACCUGAACAAGAUGAUCUAAUUAUCUCAGAAGAUGUUGGGGCAAGUAUCUUCAAUGGGCAGAAGAAGGUGCUAUAUUAUGCAGAUGCCCUGACAGAAAUCGCCUUUGUUGUCCCAUCGCCAGUGGAAUCCCUGACUGAUUCACUGGAAAGCAGUGUCUCUGACCAAGAAAGUGAUUCCAACAUGGAUUUGCUGCCAGGAAUAUUGAAGCAGCAGCCUCUGACACUUGAACUCUUCCCCAAUCAUACAGACAAUCUUAAUCCCUCCCAGCGGCUCAGUCCUACUUCUAGAUCCAAGAGGAUGCCUCAGGGUCGAACCAUUCCACCAAUGGGACCUGAAACCAAAGUGUAUGUGGUCUGGGUGGAACGUUAUGAUGAUAUAGAAAACUUCCCCCUCCCUGAUCUGGUAUCUGAGACUAGCACUGGUGUGGAAACCACAGCCAAUAGUAGUACUUCCCUGAGAUCUACCAUUCCUGAGAAGGAAAUUCCUGUGAUCUUCAUCCAUCCUUUAAACACUGGCUUAUUCAGGAUAAAACUACAAGGAGCAACUGGGAAAUUCAACAUGGUUAUCCCACUGGUGGAUGGAAUGAUAGUCAGUAGGAGAGCUCUUGGUUUUCUAGUGAGACAGACAGUAAUAAAUAUUUGUCGGAGAAAGAGGCUGGAAAGUGACUCAUACAACCCCCCCCACGUCCGCCGAAAACAGAAAAUAGCAGAUAUUGUCAAUAAAUACCGGAACAGGCAGCUGGAGCCAGAAUUUUAUACCUCACUUUUCCAGGAGGUUGGGCUCAAGAACUGCAACCCCUAGGUCAUUAUCCUUCCAGGACAAUUAGAUCAGAGGUUGGUGGCUAUACUAAUGAAAACAGUUAAAUAACAUCAACAAAUUUUCUCAGCCCUCCGGAAUUCAGGAAAUCAUGUUCUAGCACAAGUCAGCAGAUACCAUGUGGGAGGAAUGAGAAAUGAAUCUGAAACAUUGCAGUUGGGAUAUUGAAUUGAUUCACCUACCCUCAGAAGAUUACUAAAUUCUAGUCUUCCUGGAUGCUAGCAAAAUAAUCUCUUCACCCAG